AAGUUGCACCGCUGUUUGAAAGAACGGCAGCAUAUUUUUGCGUUGUUUUACACUGUUUUACAUGGCUUAGUUCUAACGAACAGUACCUUUUAAAAUAUUGUCAAACACUUAAAUUACACCCCAACUGUUGUUCCUUCGUUAAGCGAGCAGUGUUAAACAGAGCAGGUCGCUUCAGGCUCCGCCGGGUCGACAUAGGCUAGCCUAGCUUGCGUGUCCCGUUUGCCGCUGAGCUCCGUGGGUUUCCCUGAUCCGUCUCUCGCUGAGGAUGAAGGUGAAGAUCAAGCAGUGGAACGGAGUUGCGUCCUGGUUGUGGGUGGCCAACGAUGAAAACUGCGGCAUCUGCAGGAUGCCCUUCAACGGCUGCUGUCCAGACUGUAAGGUUCCCGGAGACGACUGCCCGCUGGUGUGGGGUCAGUGCUCCCACUGCUUCCACAUGCACUGCAUCCUGAAGUGGCUGAACUCCCAGCAGGUGCAGCAGCAGUGUCCCAUGUGUCGCCAGGAGUGGAAGUUCAAAGAGUGACGUGUCACGGUUCAGAACAACAACAAAUAACUGUUCCCGACACAAAACCUGGGCGGACAAUGACAAGAACAGACUCUGAGCGCAGCACGUCUUCACAGGAAAAGGCGAGGAUUCCCGCCUUUAGGUGCUGAGCUGGCCGUUUGUGCCCGUCACUUUGGGAGGUUUCCCACGAUUUCAGACUCUCGAAAUGACAUCUUGGCUGGCAAAACCUGCAGUUACGUAACUUGACAGUUACGUUUUCGAAAGUUAUGUGAAAGUUGUCACAGAAAAGGAAUGUUAAUAAAAUGUUGCUUUAAAAUUCA